AUGACGUCCGUCGAGAUCCCGCUGCAGGGCGCGAGCGCCAUGCUCGUCAUGAACGGACCUUUCACCUUCGUGGAUCCCGUCCAGCCGGUGCAGAUGCGCGACCCCGGCGGGAAGAAGAGAGAUCGCUGCGGGGAUCUCCUUCUCGCCGACGACCCCGAGGCUGCUGGUUGGUCGUCGGCGAUCCUGGACCGCAGCAUCGCCCUGCGCCGUCGGCGAGGCCCAUCUCCCUCUUCCAGUCUUCCUUCCACCGCGGCUGCCUCAUCGUGA